AUGACUUAUAGUGAGCCCAAGACUCCAUUCACUCACUCGUCAACAACGUCUUCUGCAAGAUCCACUCCAAAGUCAUCAUCCACUGCUCACCACAUUUCAAGCAUCAACAACUCUGGGAAAUCUUCAUCUAAAUGGGCUAAAUUUCAAGAAAAGUUUCAUUCAUACUCUUCUUCAAAAUCAACACAUCAAUCAAUACAUCAUUCACCUUCUACCAACACUUCCUUUUCUCAUUCAGUGCCACAUAUAAACACUUCGUUCACUCCAAGUGGAAACUCUUCUUUUGAAAGCCCUCAAGACUAUUUGAAAAAUUUAUCACUCGAUGAGUCUACAAUAUCUCCAAUAUUAAACCUCCCUGGUGGUACUACUCCAGUUUCUUCAUCUUCCACUUUACAUUCAGCUUUCACAAUACCUCCAAAUAGAACCACAUCUCUGCCCAAAAGUGAUCUUAUAGGGACUCCUCCACCACCUCCUACACAAAGACCGAGUCCAAAUUCAUCAUUUGCAACCCCUCCAAAAGUUAAACCUUUUAUAUAUUCAAAGUCUUCAUCAACUUCAAAUACUCCAAGAAAUAAGAAAUCUUUGGUGAAUGAAAAAUGUUGUUUUUGUGAAGAGCUAUUAUCUUCAAAAUUUUCCACUGGUGAAAAAGUCAUAGAGCUGAAUUGUGGUGAUACUUGUCAUGAAGAAUGUCUUUGGUUAUUGAUAAAUGCUACUGCUGAUGAUAAUGAUGAUGAAUCCAAUACAAAGACUUCAGAUCCAAAUAAAAUUUUCCCAGAUUGUGAAUCAUGUGGUAAAUUAGCAAUACCCUUGGAUGAUACAAUAACUGAUUCCAUCAUUUCUAAAAUAUUGUUAUCAACACCUCCAAAGUUAAGACAGGUUUCCAACUCAUCAUCUUCUGAUUCAUUAAUAAUAUCUUCAAAUUUCCAAUCACAAAUGCUUUCACCUAGGUCAAGACCUCCAUCAUCUGCAGUUACAAGUGCUAAAAAUCACAAAUACCAAUCAUUAUCAUUAUCAAAUAGAAAUCAAAAAGAUUUAUCUAUACAAAUACCCACUUCAAAAUCUUUAAGAAACCAUCAAAGUAAUUCGUCACGUCAUAAAUCAACCUCUAGAGGCUCUUCAAUAUCAGCAAUGUCUUCAAUAAUUUCAUCUGUCUCAAGAUCCCCAUCACCAACCAAAACCAUGGGAAGAAUAACGACAAAUGACACAUUAACACUUAGUGAAAAUGGUAAAUUGAAUAAAAUACCAUUAGCAAUGUUGAGAUCAGAAUAUAUUUGCCAUUUGAUUAAAAAUCUACAAUCAAACUAUGAUACCAAUUUGAAAGAAUCUGAAAUUGAUUCAUUUGGUUACCUAAGAUUAGUUGAUAAUUUGUUAAUAUCACAAAAUGGUGAAGUUUUCAAAAAUUAUAAUGUCUAUUUGUUUCAAUAUAAUUUGUUACUUGUUGAUCUAAAUUAUUCAAAUAUUGAAGUUUUCAAAUUAUUGAAAACUCCUAAAAUUUCCACUCCAACUUCAACAAUUUUGAAAAUUAAUGUUGUUUCAAAAUCAAAUGAUGAAUCUUGUUCAUUAUAUUUAUCACAAAAAUAUAAUAAAAUCUUACAAAAAUGGAUUGCAGGUUUAUGUGAUUAUGAAUUUAUUUUCAAUUCUGAUAAUUUAUCUUCAACAAUAACACUUCCAGAAGAAUCAUCAAAAUUAGAUCAACAAUCAAAUUGGGAACCAAUUGCUCCACAUACAAUACAAUCAAAUGAGCAUGGGAAUGAUCCAAAUCAAAUGACAAUCCCAGUUUUAUUAUCUCCAAUUAAACUUGAGGGUAAAUCAACAGCAUCAACUCCAAUCACACCUACAAAGAGUUUUUUCCAAAAGACUAGUCAUUUAAUAAUAAUUAUUGACCAUGAAAAAUCAAUAAAUAAUCAAAAUGUUAUCAUCACUUUAACAAAUAUCAUCAAGGCACUAUCAUUAAAAUUCAAAUCUUUAAAUGUCAUUUGUUCUUCAAGUCAAUUUGAAAAUGCGUAUUGUAUGACAUCUUCAUCUUUAUCAAUUGAUGGUUUGAGUUCUAAAAUUGGUAAAAUCAAUAAUGACUCGGGUAAAAAUGUUAAUCAAUGUAUUGAAGAGAUAAUUGAUGGUGCUGAGAACACUGAAGAUUUUAAUACUUUGAUAAUUUCAAAUAAUUUAACCAAAAACUCAUUAAGUUCAAUAAUUCUAGCAAAUCAAUUAAUUAUUCAAAUUCAAUCAUAUAAUUCAGCUAAACUAAGCCCAAGAGAUAAUUUAAUAAAACUAGACACCUGGGAUAAGAUUAUGGAAAUGUUGGUUACAAGAUAUGAAUUGUCAUUUGAUGAUGAUUCUGAUUCUGAUUAUGAUGAUAAUUCAGAGAAUGAUGCAAAUAGUUCUGACUCGGAUUUUGAUUCAGAUUUUGAACAAAGUGAUGAUGAUGAUAAUGAUAAUGAUUCAAUAAAUUCAGAUCUUUUUGAAGAAAAAUAUAAAAAUUAUAAUGACCAAGAUGAAAUUAAUGAUAAUAAUAAUGAUGAUGAGGAUGAAUUACCAAGUUUAAAUUCAAAUGAUGAAUUAGUUUCAAAUAAUUCAAGUGAUGCACAACAUUUGUCACCUGUAUCAAGUGAGAAUAAUGAUAAAACUAAUGAAUUCAAUAAUAAUGAAAAUCGAACUGCUUUGAAAACUCAUAACUCAAGAUGGAGUACUUUAUUCAAAGAUAUUGAUGAUGCUUUGUUAUAUAAUGGGAUACAAGGUUCUUACAAUAAGAAAGAAAGAAAAAGCAAUUUGGUUUCAGUUCAACUAUAUGAUAUUAAUUAUUAA